AUGUCCUCGCUUUUGACGCUGAGGUCGGUCGGCGCUGCGUCUGCCCCUUCGGGGAAGCGCCGCACAGGCAAGGGCAAGGGGGGCAAGGGCGCUGGAGGAGCUGGCGGGGGCGGUGGAGGUGGCGGUGGAGGCGGCGGAGGGAGUGGGGGUGGUGGUGGGAGUGGUGGCGGGGGUGGAGGUGUCGGUGGCGGCGGUGGAGGCGGAGGCGGAGGCGGCGGUGGCGGUGGGAGCGGAGGUGGCGGAGGUGGCGGCGGAGGAGGAGGCGGAGGCGGAGGAGGUGGUCGGGGUGGCACUGCGCAGAGGGUCGGCUCCGGUGGUGGCCAGCGCCAGCAGCAGCAGCAGCAGCAGCGCACUCGUGACAUCCCCCCCCACUCAGCAGCUCCGUAA